UUUACCUGUUAGUGUAAUAUUUUUAUCACACAAAGAUAUAAUUUUCGAACACCGCCUCAUCGAGUUCAGCGUCAAAUUCAGCAAUUUAUUCUGUAGUUUCUUUUUACACCUUCGUAAAGACGACAUUCAUUGAUAAGUUACUGACUGAUAGAGGUGAUAAUGAGUCAGGCGCUCAUUGGUUUUGGGAUAUCUGUGGCUUUUCUGGCAGUAUUUGCAAAUUUCUCUAUCCAUAAGAUACAAGAAGGUCAUGUUGGGGUAUACUAUCGGGGUGGUGCAUUGCUGAGCAGUGUGAGUUCCCCAGGAUACCAUUUCAUGGUUCCCUUCAUCACUACGUUCAGAAGUGUUCAGACAACUUUACAGACAGAUGAGGUGAAAAAUGUGCCAUGUGGAACAAGCGGUGGUGUUAUUAUAUAUUUUGACCGUGUUGAGGUAGUGAACAAGCUGGCUGAGAGUGCAGUGCACGAUAUGGUGAAGAAUUACACAGCAGACUAUGACAAAACUCUCAUCUAUAACAAAAUACAUCAUGAGCUCAAUCAGUUCUGCAGUGUACAUAAUCUACAGGAAGUCUACAUUGAUCUCUUUGACAAAAUUGAUGAAAAUUUGAAGGAGUCCUUACAGAAGGAUCUGACAGACAAUGCCCCAGGUCUUACAGUACACGGUGUACGAGUCACAAAACCUAAAAUACCGGAACAGAUCAGGAAAAACUACGAAAUGAUGGAAGCAGAGAAGACCAAACUUCUGAUUGCUGUACAGAAACAGAGAGUGAUAGAAAAAGAGGCAGAGACAGAUAGAAAGAAAGCAAUCAUAGAGGCCGAAAAGAAUGCUUCAGUAGCCAAGAUAGAAUGGGAACAAAAAGUAAUGGAAAAAGAAUCAGAAAAACGCAUGUCAGAGAUAGAAGAUUUAACCCAUCUAGCAAAGGAGAAGGCGAAAGCAGAUGCGAACUUUUACCGUGUACAGAAAGAAGCUGAAGCUAAUAAGAUGAUAUUGACACCAGAGUACUUAGAAAUGGUAAAACAGAAGGCGUUGACAGAGAAUACAAAAAUAUUUUUUGGUAACAAGAUACCAGAUAUAUUUGUGGAUCCUACAGCUUUUACUCAGUCCAUUACUUCAAAAGAUUCUGCUAAAUCAAAAAAGACCAACACUUGAGGGAGUAGACAGUGAUAGACUUUUCAAAUUCCAGUUUUUCUAUGUGAUAUCUACAGACAUCAUCACCAUUCAGCAUACUAUACAUAUUUAUCAGGGAACAGCAAGGGAGAUAAAUAUUGUUUGCCAUUUUUUCAAAGGGAGAAUACCUUUUAAUUUUUUUGUCAUAUUUUCUGAAGAGACAUAACUCUCAUUUCCUACAGUUUUAAUGGUUUGAAACAAUUUUUACAGAAUUAUGGAUUGAUGAUGUUAAAAUUCAAUGGUGUUUUUAUUUUAUGGUUUAAACAUUGCAUUCCUCAGUAAAUGCUUUAUGAAACUUUACAACUGUGUAUAAUAUUUUCUAAGUUGUGUAAUACUUGUGCUCAUGUCCAGUGUGUUUUAUUGAGACUUAAAAAUUUGCUUCUGUAGAAUUUAUUUGAACCCAAGUUAGAUUAGACAAAGAAGUGUAAGAAAUUGAUUCAAAUCUUGGCUGUGCAUAAGACAUACCCCUCAAAAUAAGUAAGGGAUCACAAGAAAGGGUUGUCAUUUCACCUACUUACAUAUAUCAACACCUACUACAGAUUUCUCAAAUUUAGAACUACAGUUAUGAAUAACAAUAAUAAGCAUGUAAGAUAAUUACUGAUCGACUUAGAUCUGGUGAUUGGUCAUUCCAUAUACUCUAUACUCUGGUGAUCCAGGUAAUUGGUUAUCACACAGGUCUGAUGUGGUUGGGCAGUAUUGUCUGUAAGCACAAAUUACUCGCCUACAGUACCUGGCAGGAUGGCACAAAUUCAUGUAGAAUUUAGUCACAAUAACAAACCCCAUUAAUGAACCAUCACAGAUGAUAGACAAGUCCUUAGACCUGACAUUAAAAUUGAGGGAUUUUUAAUUAAUUUUGGAAAGUACAUUAUCAUCAUGUUUAUGUUUCAUUAUUUGAGCCGCACCAUGAGAAAACCAACAUAGUGGCUUUGCAACCAGCAUGGAUCCUGACCAGACUGCGCAGAUGUGCAGGCUGGUCGAAAAGCCCACUAUGUUGGUUUUUUCAUGUAACGGGUCAAUUAUCUAUAGAGUCACAACCCUUUGGAAUAUUAAAUUGUGAAGCUCAAAAUCUGAAUGUAACUUAGCAAUGAGUGAGAUUAGUAUAAUUGUUUAGUUUAUCUCCAUAUUCUGAUCCUUGCUAUAGGUAAUUGAGGCACUGCUCUUAUAACACCAUUGAAUAUGGUAGAACUGCUAAUUUUAUGUUAUUCACUUUUGAUGAAAUUUCUUAAGAAUUCUAGAUAAACCUGUAAAACUGUAGUUCAUAAAUGCUAUUGUAUUUUUAUGAUGGUUGAUUCUUAAUAAAAUUAUUUGGUAAAUAUUGUCAGACAGGUCUGUUGGAAAGCUUUGUGAAAGUUCUUAUUUAUUAUACAAAGCCUUGCACAUUGUAAACAUUUUAUGGUUUGGAAUUUAUUGUAUAUAAUUGGUAAAUUAUUGGUGGAUGUACAUCUUAUGUUUGAAAGAGAGGCGUACAUUUUAACACUGCCAGUGAAGUAACUUUAACUACAUCUGCUGGUGUAAGGGAUGUAGAAUGUAAUGAAAGUGUUCAACUGUGCUGUAUUUAUAAUGGUAAAAUGACUGUAUGACUGGACUGUCAAAUGAAUUAAUUACUGAACUGUAAAAUGAAUGUAUCACAGAAACUCAGAAAUGAGUGUAUGAUUGGAUUGCAAAACAAGUGUAUGGUUGGAUUGCAAAGCAAAUGUAUGACUGGAUUGCAAAACAAGUGUAUGGUUGGAUUGUAAAACAAAUAUAUGACUGAAAAGUAUGCGUAGAUACAACUGUAAAAAAUUCUAGGCAGUUUUCUGUAAGGUUAUUUAAAAUAGUUGAAGUCAGAACAUUGUCAACAUGUCUUAUCUCACUUUGCUCACCCAAAAACUUCAUAGAGUUUGUCCUAACAGAACUUUUCUAAAUGCAGUCAUAUCAAUGUUUGAAAUUUAGAAUAACAUGCAUUUAUAGAGGAUUGGCAAGUUAAGCAGAGUUAUAUAUGGUUAAAAAUGGUUUUAUAAACAAAUUGUACUACUCCUACUUUAAAAUUCACAUUUGCAAAAUCCUGAUAUGAGCCGUGCCAUGGGAAAACCAACAUAGUGGGUGUGCGACCAGCAUGGAUCCAGACCAGCCUGCGCAUCCGCGCAGUCUGGUCAGGAUCCAUGCUGUUCGCUAAAAGUUUCUCCAAUUCCAAUAGGCUUUAAAAGCGAACAGCAUGGAGCCUGACCAGACUGCGCGGAUGCGCAGGCUGGUCUGGAUCCAUGCUGGUCGCAAACCCACUAUGUUGGUUUUCCCAUGGCACGGCUCAUAUGUAUUUUGACCAACUCUUCCUUCUUUGUUUCUUGUUGUCUUGGUUGACAGUUUGAAUUUUAAUGUGACUUGCAGUAGUUGUCCUUUCACAUUUCUUUGCAAUAUAGCACUUUGUGAAAUUGUUUUCUCGUGAACAUGUUUGAUAUCUUAUUGUCUCUAUGUUCUAAGUUUGAUCCGUGUUAAAUAAAUCCUUUGAGGUGAGCCUUACAGGCUAAGAUACCAGAUAAAACAUUUAUUUUUGUGUCUAACCUAUCUGGUUUUGCUUUGAGAGUGUUUGUAAAACAUAACGGAUAUAUAUAUAUUAAUCAGAUUUUUCAUUUUACCAAAAUAUUGUUAAAACAUGCUGUUGCUUAUAUAUUACAGGCAAUAUUUGUCUUUGUAAUACAUACAUGAUGCUAAAUUUUAGUUUCAGUUAUUAAAGGAAUUAAAAUUAAAUCCAUUGAUAUUGUCAUUUUCGAAGUAUAUAUUGAUGUCAUAUCCUUGUUUUGAUCUCAAAAUUACUUGAUUUUGAUUUAACUAUCAUAAUUUUUUUUACCUUGAAAAAUGAGACAAACCUCAAAAUAGCAUUUUUUAGACCUAUAACAAGUACAUGUAUGUAUGUAGUAGGGUAGAGUAUUAUAUGAAAUUAUAUCACAUGGAAAGUUACUUGGAAUUCCUUUUUCAAUUUUCGAACAGACUGAAGACAUUUUUUUUACAGUACAUUGCCUCAGAAGUGUCUUUUGUGGAUAGUAUUUUGAUAAAAAUGGAUUUAGAUAUAAGUCAACAAAAUAAAACAACAGUGUUGAGUUUUAAUUUCCAACAGGUUAUACAUUAUUGCUCAAAAACCUUUCUAUCCAAGCACUGAAGUAGUGUCUUCAUUGUUGGUGGUUGGUAAUAAAUGCUUUUAAUUAUGUCCCGCCACCCUCCCCCUCACUGGGGGAGACAUUGUUUUUGCCCUGUCUGUCCGUCGCACUUCAUUUCCAAUCAGUAACUGGAGAACCAUUUGACCUAGAACCUUAAAACUUCAUAGGGUGGCAGGGCUUAUAGAGUAGACGACCGCUAUUGUUUUUGAGGUCACUCCAUCAGAGGUCAAGGUCACAGGGGCCUGAACAUGGAAAACCAUUUCCGAUCAAUAACUUGAGAACCACUUGACCCAGAAUGUUGAAACUUCAUCGGAUGAUUGGCUAUGCAGAGUAGAUGACCCCUAUGUGGGGCCUCUGUGGCCAAGUGGUUAAGGUCGCUGACUUCAAAUCACUUGCCCCUCAUCGAUGUGGGUUCGAGCGUCACUAGGGGCGUUGAAUUCUUCAUGUGAGGAAGCCAUCCAGCUUACGGAAGAUCGAAGGUUCUACCUAGGUGCCCGCUCAUGAUGAAAUAAUGCACAGAGGGGCACCUGGGGUCUUCCUCCACCAUUAAAGCUGGAAAGUCACCAUAUGACCUAUCAUAUGUCGGUGCAACGUUAAAUCCAAAAAAAAAAAAAAAAAAAAAAAGAUGACCCCCAUCGAUUUUGGGGUCACUGUUAAAGAUCAAGGUCACAGGGGCUUGAACAUGGAAAACCAUUUCCGAUCAAUAACUUGAGAACCACUUGACCCAGAAUAUUGGAACUUCACAGGGCUUUUCAUCUUUAUAAAACAGAGCCCCAAGAAGGCCCAAUCCAAAAAUAUUUUUCCCAACUGUGUCAGAGACACUUCCCAAAAUGCAAGAUAAGAUUUCCCAAAAUCAUGCCAACAGAUGGUUUUGAUUUUGUUUAUAUUUUAGUAUUUUCAAAGGAAGGGUUUGUCUGGUGUCGAUGUUUUGUCACACAGUGUAUAUACUACAGUAAAUCUAUCAAAUGCUUACAGUAUCAAAAGAAAAUCAGAGUCAUUGUUUGACUGUGGGGUAAAAAACGUAUAAUGAGGAUACCAGUAAAUUUGAAUCACUGAAUUUUGAAUUCUGAAAAAUACUGCUGUAAAGAUUAAAUUAAGCUGAAAAUACUUGUUACUAUUCAAUUUCAUACACUUGUACCCACCUUCCAAUUAAAAGCUUUUUUCCCAAAAUGGACAAUUAUCGCGUAUAAAUUUCCCAAAAUAAAAGGCCAGGGCCUCUUCAGAAUUUCCUGAUGAAAAGCCGUGCUUCAUAGGAUGAUUGAACACACAGAGUAGAUUACCCCUACUGAUUUUGGGGUCACUCUAUUAAAGGUCAAGGUGGCAGCGGACAGAAAUGGAAAUCCAUUUCUGGUCAGUAACUUCAGAACCGUUUUACCUAUAACCUUCAAACUUCAUAGGGUGAUAGGACUUAAAGAGUAGAUGACCCCUUUUGUUUUUGGGGUCACUACAUCAAAGGUCGGGGUCACAGGGGCCUGAACAUAGAAAGCUUUUUCCAGUCAAUAACUUGAGAACCACUUGACCCAGAAUGUUGAAACUUAAUAGGAUGAUUGGACAUGCCGAGUAGGUGACCUCUACUGAUUUUGGGGUCACUUGAUCAAAGGUCAAGGUCACAGGGGCCUGAACAUGGAAAACUAUUUCCAAUUCAUAGAUUGAGAACCUGUAGGCCGAGAAUGUUGAAACUUAGUGGGAUUAUUGGACAAUGCCAAAUAGAUGAUCCCUAUUGCAGCCAACCAUCAGUGUCUCUUGGACUUUCACUUCUGUCCCCUAUUGACUUCUUGCCUAUAUGAUUAUGCAUUGGGGGAGACAUGGCUUUUCUACAAAAGCAUUUUCUAGUUAUAAUUGAAUGAGGAUUGUCACAUACAGGGUGCGUGCCUUUGAAUAUGUAUUUUCAUUCUUAUUCAUUCUGAAGUUAUGCUUACUUUAAGGUCAUAUUUAUUAAUAUAUAUAGUAUAGGUAUACCAGUGUAUUAUACACAGACAAUGUUUGGUGGAUAAACCAUUUGUUCAGCCCUAGGGAGGAUUUUCUAACUCACUUUUCUUUAUAUAAGUGAAAUCCUUUGGUACACUUUUAGAAUUAAACACUUACAGUGGUAUUAAUGAGUGAGUUAAGAAUAUUAAAACUUUUAUAAAUAUCAGUCUUACAAUUGACCUCAAGUUUACCCAAAUAAAAUAGUAUCUUGUAUUUUCUAUUGAUUGAGCAACAAUGCUUUGACCAAAUACUAAAGCACUGGAUAAAUGUUACUGUACUUUACAUUUACAUACACUGUUUAUGUGCCUUAAAGUUUUGUAUACCCUUUUUAUAGAUAAAUAAAGAUAAAUGUAAAAUUUUA